CCCCCGGCCUCCCCCCGGCCCCGAGGCCCCGGACAUGGGCUGCAUCGGCUCCCGCAGCCCCGCAGCAAUUCUGGGGACCACCGUCUGUCUGAGGCUCAGGGACAGAGACUGCUGCUCCAACUAAAGGGUGUCUUCAUGUGCCUGGGCAGAAGCCGAGGUAGGAAGGGGAGUGCCCCAAGGUCCGAAGCCAAAGGAGGCACGGAAACGGAACUAGGAGCCAAGCCCACGCGAUUCUUGGCCUCUAGUUCUCCGAGUCCAUCUUGAACGGCCUGGCCUGGAUUUCCACGUUGGACCAAAUGUUUCCGACAAAGGGAAAUGAGAGGAAAGAGGAGAAUCGAAAGAUGUCCCAACCAGAACGAUGGAGGCCAGAGGAGGGAAGAUGGAGUGUUCGCCGAUCCCACCUGGCGCGUGGAGUGGAUCGAGCUGCCUCGUGGCCGGGCCCUGACCCCCGUGGGAGCUGCGAGGACCCUGCUGGGCUGGAGUCACCCCUUCCGCCUGCCCUCCUUGGACAGUCAGGACUCGCCAGAGGUGAAUGUUCGAGACACAGUCGAGAUGCUGCCCAAGUCCCGGAGAGCACUAACCAUCCAGGAGAUUGCCGCGCUGGCCCGCUCCUCCCUGCAUGGAAUUUCCCAGGUGGUGAAGGACCACGUGACGAAACCCACAGCCAUGGCUCAGGGCCGCGUUGCCCAUCUCAUUGAGUGGAAGGGCUGGAGCAAGCCCAGCGACUCUCCCAUCGCUCUUGAAUCUGCCUUCUCCUCCUACUCGGACCUCAGCGAGGGGGAGCAGGAGGCUCGCUUUGCAGCAGGGGUGGCGGAGCAGUUUGCCAUCGCGGAAGCUAAGCUGCGAGCGUGGUCCUCGAUGGACGGCGAGGACUCCGCAGACGAAUCGUACGACGAGGACUUUGCGGGAGAAGCUGACAGCCUUCCGCCUACAGACACGGCCGGGCAGCCGCCCCCGGGGCCCCACCUGCAGGACCUCCUCCUCCUGGGCCGGCGCUGCCCCCGGCCCGUGCGGCAGGGUUCCUGCGAGCCCGAGAGCGACUCCUCCCAGACCGUGUCCCCAGAGACCCUGUGCUCCAGCCUGUGCAGCCUGGAGGAUGGGCUGCUGGGCUCCCCCGCCCGGCUGGCCACCAAGCUGCUGGGCCAGGAGCUCCUCCUCUCCAAACUGGCCCCGAGCGGGGAAAGUGCCUUCCGGAGCCUGGGCCCGCUGGAGCGUCGGGACUCGCUCUACUCCAUGUCCUACACGGAGUCCUGCCUCACGGCCGCCGAGGACGAGGCCGCGUCCUGCAAGGACUGCCCCCUGCUGCCCCCGCCCUCCGCCGGCGGCUGGGCGCUGCCCAGGAAAGCGUCCGACGUGGCCUCCUCGGGCGUGGUGUCCCUCGACGAGGACGAGCCCGAGGAGCAGUGACCGCCCCCUCCCCCCAGCUGGUGACGGCCCGCGCCCGGCCCCGGCCGGGGCCGGCGGGGAAGGGUCCC